AUGGUCGACUACUACCAACAGCCGCCGUCCUACCAUCAACCGGGCUACGACUACACGCAGCAAGAGGAGGAAUGGGAUCGUGAAGGACUUCUCGAUCCUGCAUGGGAGAAGCAACAGAAAAAGACCUUCACCGCCUGGUGCAAUUCUCAUCUCCGCAAAGCUGGAACCUCAAUUGAAACUAUUGAGGAAGACUUCAGAAAUGGACUCAAACUUAUGCUCCUUCUCGAAGUCAUUUCUGGAGAGCCACUUCCAAAACCAGAUCGUGGAAAGAUGCGUUUUCACAAGAUUGCCAAUGUGAACAAAGCUCUUGAGUACAUUGAAUCGAAAGGAGUCAAAUUGGUUUCGAUCGGAGCUGAAGAGAUCGUUGAUGGAAAUGUCAAAAUGACUCUUGGUCUCAUCUGGACAAUCAUCCUGAGAUUCGCCAUUCAAGAUAUCAACGUCGAGGAACUUUCUGCUCGUGACGGUCUUCUUCUCUGGUGUCAACGUAAGACUGCUCCAUACAACAACGUGAAUGUGCAGAACUUCCACAACUCGUGGAAGGAUGGUCUCGCCUUCUGCGCUCUUAUUCAUCGUCAUCGUCCAGAUUUGUUGGAUUACAGCCAACUGCACAAGGGAGAUCCAAUUCACAAUUUGAAUUUGGCUUUCGACAUCGCUGAGAAGCAUCUUGAUAUUCCAAGAAUGUUGGACGCUGAGGACGUUUCCCGUCAUCCGGAUGAGAAAUCCACGAUGACCUACGUCUCCUGCUUCUACCACGCCUUCCGCAAUAUGCGUGAACCAGCACCACCACCGGUCAUCCGCCAGCCACCACCACAACGUGUAGUUGUUGCUCCACCUCCAGAGAGAGAUUGGAGAAAAGAUGCUGAAACUGCUGCCAAUCGUAUCUGCCGAGUGUUGAAGGUCAACCAAGAGAAUGAGAAGAUGAUGGAGGAUUAUGAGAACUUGGCUUCUGAUCUUCUUGCCUGGAUCAACCGCUGGAUGCCGUGGCUCGCCAACCGCUCAACUGAUGACACUCUUCGUCAAGCUCAACAAAAACUCGAGGAUUACCGUAACUACCGUCGUAGUGAGAAACCACCAAGAAUCGAAGAUAAGGGACGUCUUGAAACACUGUUCAACACACUCCAAACUCGUCUUCGUUUGUCGAAUCGUCCAGCUUUCUGUCCACGUGAUGGACAUCUUGUGAAGGACAUCAAUGCCGCUUGGGCAGGUCUUGAAGAUUCCGAGAAAGGGUUCGAAGAGUGGCUUCUCUCUGAAAUCAUGCGUCUCGAACGUUUGGAGCAUUUAGCUGAGAAGUUCCGUCGUAAGUGUGCUCUUCAUGAGGAGUGGGCUCACGGAAAAGAAGAUGCUCUUCGUAGCAACGACUGGAGAAGUUGUGGACUUUACAAAAUCAAGGCUCUCCGUAAAAGACACGAAGCCUUCGAAAGCGACCUCGGAGCUCAUCAAGAUCGCGUUGAACAAAUUGCUGCGAUUGCCAGAGAACUCAACAAUCUCCGUUACCCAGAUAUUGGACCAAUCAAUGCUCGUUGUCAAGCAAUCUGCUCUCAAUGGGAUCGUCUUGGACAACUUUCAUCAAAGAGACGUGAGACUCUUGAAGAUGCUGAACGUAUUGCUGAACGUCUUGACUCUCUCUACUUGGACUUUGCUAAACGUGCUGCUCCAUUCAACAACUGGCUUGAUGGAGCUCGUGAAGAUCUAGCUGAUUUGGUUAUUGUUCACGAGAUGCGUGAGAUUGAGGAGCUUGUCAGUGCCCAUGAUCAAUUCAAAUCUACUUUGGGAGAUGCUGAUCGCGAGUUCUCAAGCAUCAAUCAAAUCGAGCAUGAAGUCGAGCAUCUUGUUACUUCUCAUGGACUUGAUCGUGAAUUACUCCGAAAUCCAUACACUGAUUUGUCGGCUUCUGAUAUUCGUAGAAAAUGGGGAGAGGUUCAAAACUCUGUCCCAAGAAGAGAUUCGCAACUUCAGGCUGAAUUGAAGAGACAGCAGAACAACGAACGUCUUCGUACCAUCUUUGCUGAGAAGGCCAACCAAGUCGGGCCAUGGCUUGAGCGUGAGCUUGAACAAGUCCUUGCCAUCGGACUUGGAGGACGUGGACGUCUUGAAGACGCUAUUCAACAACUUCGUUCAAUUCAACGAAAUGUUCUUGGAUACAAGUCAAAUCAGGACGAACUCGAACGUAUUCAUCAAGAAAUGCAAGAGAACUUUGUCUUCGAAAACCGCAAAUCUCGUUACUCAAUGGAAUCACUGCGUGUCGGAUGGGAAACUCUUCUCACCAGUAUCAACAAGACAAUUAGUGAAUUCGAAAAUCAAGUUUUGCUUCGCGAUAGCAAGGGAAUCAGUGAGGAACAAAUUGCUGAAUUCCGUGCAUCAUUCAGUCACUUUGACAAGGAACGCGCUGGAUUGGACCCCGAACAAUUGAGAGCUUGUCUGAUCUCCGUCGGUUAUACGAUCAGACCAGGACGUGAAGGAGACGCGGAACUUCAUCGUGUAUUAGCACAUGUUGAUCCAAAUCGUAUGGGACGAGUUCCAUUUGAGGCCUUCCUUGACUUUAUGACCAAAGAAAAUUCGGAUCAAGACACUGUAGAACAAAUGAUUGACUCAUUCAGAAUAUUAGCAUCUGGAAAGCCAUUCAUCACCGCUGACGAACUGGAACGCGAACUGCCACGUGAUCAAGCUGCUUACUGUAUGGCCCGAAUGGCACCUUCAAGAGAGCCAGGAGCACCACCAAGAUCAUUUGAUUACGUGACAUUCAGUCGUAGUCUCUACUCUCAAUGA